UUGACAGUGUCACCCGCAAGCAAAAUUAAUUGUCAUCUAAAUAAAAACAGUUUUUUUGUACAAAAAUAAUGGAAGCGUACUUAUGUCCGUACGGGCAUUACCCUAUGAUGCCACCAGACCAGGGUCACGGGGAUAAUGCAGACUAUUACGGCAUGCAGCCUAUGGAUGGCAGAGAUCAUAAAAGCUCACCUAAACACCGCACCAAUCGUCGAGAGAAACGAUCCCGAAGCGCCAGCGGAUCUAGGUCUCGCUCCAAAUCUCGGACGCCGAGAUCCCGGUCCCACUCGAGAUCUCGAUCUCACUCCGUGUCGAGAUCUCGCUCUCACUCGACACGUACUCGGAGUAUUCGGCGGGGACUGAAUAUGAGAGAUCCGAGCUUUCUGGACGCCUUUCGAGUAUUGUAUUUGACACCAAGCAACAAAACUAAAAAAAGCACAGCCAAGUACCUCGCAACGAAGAAGCGGCAGGAUCACGUCGAGGAGCUUCUAAAAAUCGACGGACUCGGUUCCAAGAGGUGGCUGUUUUAUCCUAGAGCCACGACCACCACCAGCGAACCGGUCACUGGGAAGGUUGCAGGGGCAAGAGAUAAUUCAGACCAGCGCAUCAAGAUCGACCGGCAAUUCUUCAAGAAGUACAAGAGAGGCAAAUCGGUCGCUGUCGACGCGCCUAUAGCCAAACUCAUGCGGUGGGAACUCAUGUUCUAUAAGAAACUCGGCUUUGUAAGGACCGAUUAA